UCACACCGCUGCAUCCGUGACUCAAACGGUCGUCACACAGACAACUGCCGUUCUCCACAGGUUUCCACCGACCGACCGACAACAGCUACAACAACGUCUCCGAGUAAUAUUUAUAUUAAUCUCUUCCCGGUUAAAAAUAUUACCGCUCUUCGUUUCUCUGCCUGUUGGACUGAACAGCCCUCAUCAUGUCUAAAGGUACAGUGGUUCUGGCUUACAGCGGUGGACUGGACACGUCCUGUAUUCUGGUUUGGCUGAAGGAACAAGGCUACGAUGUGAUCACGUUCUUGGCCAACAUUGGGCAAGAUGAAGAUUUUGAAGCGGCCCGGAAAAAGGCAGAAAGCCUCGGUGCAAAGAAGGUUUUCAUUGAGGACCUGCGUGCAGAGUUUGUGGAGGACUUCAUCUGGCCUGCAGUUCAAGCCAAUGCUGUGUAUGAGGACCGGUACCUGCUGGGCACCGCGGUAGCACGGCCCUGCAUUGCCCGCCGUCAGGUUGAAAUUGCACGGAGUGAGGGUGCCCAGUUUGUCUCCCAUGGUGCCACAGGAAAGGGCAAUGAUCAGAUCCGUUUUGAGCUCACAUGCUACGCCCUGUACCCUGAAGUUAAGAUCAUUGCACCGUGGAGGAUCCCUGAGUUCUACACUCGCUUCCGGGGAAGAACAGACCUGAUGGAGUAUGCUCAGAAACAUGGCAUCCCUGUUCCCGUCACUCCCCAGGCACCGUGGAGCAUGGACGCCAACCUCAUGCACAUAAGCUACGAGUCUGGCAUCCUCGAGAAUCCCAAGAGCCACGCUCCGGGUGACUUGUACCUGAUGACCAAGAACCCAGAAGAUUCUCCCAACGUUCCCGAUGUACUGGAGCUAGAGUUCAGAAACGGAGUGCCUGUCAAGGUGACCAAUGUGAAGGAAGGCAAAUCCAAGGACUCACCACUUGAUAUCUUCUCAUAUCUCAAUGAGAUUGGAGGAAAGCAUGGUGUGGGUCGGAUUGACAUCGUAGAGAACCGUUUCAUUGGGAUGAAGUCCCGAGGGAUUUAUGAAACUCCAGGAGGCACCAUCUUGUUGCAGGCCCAUUUAGACAUGGAGACCUUUACCGUGGACAAAGAGGUACGGCGGAUCAAACAGGGACUGGGUAUCAAGUUCUCUGAACUCGUCUACAAUGGUUUCUGGUACAGCCCAGAGUGUGAUUUUGUGCGAUUCUGCAUCGCCAAGUCCCAGGAGAAAGUGGAGGGCAAAGUACAGUUGUCUGUCUUCAAGGGUCAGGUCUACAUCCUGGGACGAGAGUCACCCAAGUCCCUUUACAAUGAAGAGUUGGUCAGCAUGGACGUGCAGGGAGACUACAACCCAUGUGAUGCCUCUGGAUUCAUCAGGAUCAAUGCUGUCAGGUUAAGGGAACACCAUCGUCUGCAGGGUUUCUCCGGCAGCGACCAGGUUUAGACCUUGUGCCUCCGUUGUCUACCUUUUGCCUUGUUGUCUUCUGUCAGUUAUAUCAGCAUCAGCACACCAGACUCUUGCUGUAAACAUAGUUUCGUAGGUGAUGGAGAGGAGAAAGAAAAAUCUAUCAACUGUAACAUCAUAACAUAC